AUGAACUACAACAGUACUGAUUGCAAAGGGCGGAAAUUCACUUUGGCUAUUGUGCGAGUCCCAGCAAAGGUGCCGGUAAGUGAUCCUCGAUAUGGGGGUGCAGUCUUGAUCAACCCUGGCGGCCCUGGUGGCUCUGGGACAUUGCAAGCGUUCAUAUCAGGCCGAAACCUCCAAACAAUCAUUGAUGCAGAAGAUCACCCAGAUGAUGGGCCAGUCAAGAAAGAAGAUAAGUAUUUCGAUAUCAUUGGCUUUGAUCCUCGUGGUGUGGGCUCUACUACGCCUGCAGUAGCAUGCUUCCCUGAUCCAAACUCUCAGCGAAAUUGGGAGCUACAGGUGGAAGCUGAGGGCAUGCUGGGAAGCCGUCCUGACUCACUGUGGAGAAAUUGGCAAUAUACCCAGGCCUUGAACUCGGGAUGUUCGGUUUGGGAAAUGACUGCCACCCAUGAGAAUGAGACUAUGAUGUCAUAUUUGAACACGCCGCUAGUUGCGCAAGAUAUGAUCACCAUUAUUGAACGCCAUGGAGAGUGGCGAGAGGCAGAGGGAAAAAAAGCACAGGCGACUCAUGAUAAAUGUCAUGGUGCUGACAAGACUCAAUCGAUUAUUAAAAGAACCCGAUGGCAUCGAAACGAAGAGCCCCUAUUUUUCUGGGGAAGAUCAUACGGUACUCUCUUAGGUGCGACAUUUGCCGCCCUCUUUCCAGACCGGGUUGCGCGCGCUGUUCUAGAUGGUGUUGUCAAUAUGGACAAGUACUAUAGAGACACCGGCCCGAACGUGGUCAUGGACGCUGACGCCAUAUUCGAUCGCUUUGGCUUCUACUGCGAUGCCGCUGGCCGCGAUGCAUGUCCAUUCUACAUCGAGGGAGGCCCGGAAGCCAUUAAGAACACAUACUGGACAAUUGAAGAGCAAGUAUUAAACAUGUCGAACCCAGUCAUGGCCUCAUUCACCAGAGGACCUGAAGUUGUUACGUGGACUGACCUGAAAGCUCUUCUUCGUGCUGCUAUCUACCAGCCACUGCUCUCGUUUCGACUAUUUGCCGACACGAUGGGUGCUCUGGCAGAGGGUAACUUUAUUCCCAUGGCAGACUUCAAGCAUCGCAGCCACUUUAGCGCUUGCGCUUCUAGUGCAUGUAGUAUUGCGGGUCCUUGGUCACCUGCGUGUGUUGAUACCCAGGAUAACUCACUGUAUGCCAGCUCUGCUAUUAUGUGCACCGAUGCAGAAUACCUGACUGAGCAUACUGUCGAGACUUUUCAAAAGAACUGGGAUGGACUGAAGGCUGACAGUGCUACACUUGGAGAUUACUGGUCUCAACUACAACUAGCGUGUGUGGGAUGGAAAGCUAAGGCGAAGUACAGAUUCGACGGGCCAUGGGGUAGUGUGACUGCUCACCCUAUGUUAUUAGUCUCAAAUAUCCUUGACCCAGUAACACCUCUAUGGAGUGCAAAGCAUAUGUCGAAACUAUUCCCUGGAUCUUCUGUCCUUCAGCAGGACUCAGAAGGGCAUACUACAAUUGCAGCACCUUCCAUCUGUGUCGCAAAGGAAAUCCGUAAAUACUUCCAGACUGGUAUUUUACCCCAGAGCGGCACUCUCUGUGCGGCCGAUGUGAAGCCGCUUAUAGGUCACGAUCAAGCAAAGCUUCAAGGUCUCAGUCCUUCCGACCAAAGUCUUCUAGAUGUGCUGAUAGCAGAGGUCGAACAUGGAUUUCGGCCUCAUCAAUUUCUAUGA